ACACGGGAAGGGGUUGGAGCAGCUGUGUCUAGGGGAAUAAAGAAAGCAACAAGCAGGGAUCUUGCAGCCUCUUGCAAGAUGUUUCUGCUGCUGCUCCUGCCUCUGCCCACACCAACUGCUGAGUCAGGGACACCAGGUUGCAGAAUAAUGUCCAUACUUUGUCCUGGAUCAUCCCAUUCUUCAGGGGGACAGAGGAAGGAAACAGUGGGGCCAGCUCAGGAGCUGAUGACCUUUGAAGAUGUCGCUGUGUAUUUCACCAAGGAGCAGUGGGCUCUGCUGGACCCCAGUCAGAGGGCUCUCUACAGAGAUGUUAUGCAGGAGAACUAUGAGACUGUGGCCUCACUCGCAGGAUUUCCAAUUCCCAAACCUGAAGUGAUCUCCCAGCUAGAACAGGGAAAAGAUCCAUGGAUCCCAGGCCUACAGGGCUCAGAAGGAAGGAAAAUCCCAGGCGUGAUCAAUCCAGGUGAUGGGAUCAAAACUGAGAAUGGGGAGGAGAGUUCUCAACUCGCCCAUCCUGAGCACAGAGAACCACGUGGGACAGCACUGGGAAAAUGCAAAGGGAAUGUUUGCUGCAACACUAAGCAGAAACAAUCCUGUGGGAGCCAGUGCAGCACAGAGAGGGAGCUGGGAAAGCAUCCGGUGAAGAAAGUGGGGAAAUCCCUUCCCUGUGCAAAAGGUCAAAAGCCCUUCAAGGGCCCCAGAAUGCAGAGAAUCCACAUGGGAGAGAGAGAAAGCACAUGCAGCCAGUGUGGGAAAAGCUUCAGCAGCCGUUCACACCUUAUUAUACACCAGCGAAUCCACACGGGUGUGAAACCCUAUACCUGCCCCGAGUGUGGGAAGAGCUUCAACCAGAGCCCAAACCUCAUGACCCACCUGAGAAUCCACACAGGUGAGAGACCCUACAAAUGCCCUGAAUGUGGGAAAAGCUUCACAGCGAACUCCACCUUUAUUAAACACCAAAGAAUCCACACAGGGGAGAAACCCUAUAAAUGCCUGGAGUGCGGGAAAAGCUUCAAUCAGAGCUCAGACCUGAUCAGGCACCAGAGACUCCACACUGGGGAGAAGCCCUACAAGUGCCCCGACUGUGGGAAGAGAUCCAGUGACAGCUCAGCCCUGAUUGUCCACCAGAGAAUCCACACCGGGGAGAGACCUUACAACUGCCCUGUCUGCGGGAAGAACUUCACUUGCUCUUCACACCUUAUAACGCAUCAGAGAACCCACACGGGAGAAAAGCCAUACAAGUGCCUGUACUGUAGGAAACGGUGCCGGGUCAAAUCAGCCCUCAUCAUCCAUGAGAGAAUCCACACGGGGGAGAGGCCUUACAAAUGCCCUCAGUGUGAGAAGACCUUCAGCAGCCGCUCGCACCUGAACUCCCAUCACAGGAUCCACAUGAAAGAAAAACCUGACACAAAGCCUGACAUUAGGAAAUGCCUCAGUGAAAGCUCCUCCCUGGUUAACACUACAGAGGCUUCACACACAAGAGAAAAGCCAUAAACACCUUGACGAGAGGUGAUUUAAGAUUUGGUCUGCACUUGCAGUUAUGUCAGCUACUCUGUUUCUCUACCUUAGCUAACCAGCAGUAGUAACUCUUCUAAAAGCCGUAUGUACACACAGCAGCUGAGAUGUAUUAGAACCGUGCUGUUGGUUAUGAUACCAGAAUCAGACUCCCUCGCUCUACAGACAGCAGGCCAGUGGAACGAGAUACCUAGGGACAUGGGGAAGUUUCCUUCAUUAGAGGUUUUUGAGAAGAGGCUGGACGCGCAUCUGUUGGGGAACAAAACCUGCAUCAGUGCAGGUAACUUAAGGUCCCUUUCAACCCUCUGAGUCUAUGAUAGCUUAAGCUACUAUCCUUUUCAGCCCUUGUGUCCACGCAGUGCUGCACUUUUACAAUAUAAAGUGCAUGUUCUGAGCAGGAGGCCCAUGCAUUCUGGGAAGUGCAUUCUGGGAUUCUUCAUGUGCUGCACAGUGGGUAGCUCCCACAAACCACGGAAAUGUUGGCAGUCUGGGAGCAGAGUAGCCGCGUCCUAGGAUUUUUUUUCUUGUCAUCUCAUCAUUUAUUGGGCUUUGGAAGCUAAGAUUGUUUUCAAGCCACUUGCAGAAGCAGUAUGGAGGCAACACUGCUGAGCAUUGCUUUCCUGAUAGUCCAUUGUGCAAAUAAGCUGAUGCUCGUACACACCUUGGGAGACAGCCACGGUAUUGUUGAAUCCUUGUGGGCCUUAUGAGUCAAGGAAGAUGUGAAUGGAAAAGAGGAAUCACUUCUGCAUAACCUGUCUUGGAGCAGAUUUACUAAUUGGCCAGCUGUCUUUGGAUGUAGCCAACUACCACUGCCUGUUGGGAAAGGAUAGUGAUGCAAACCUGGGAUGAUCUGCAGUGGCAGCAAAACUUCAGGAUGUCAAAAGCCACUUUCAUAGACACCUGCACAGUGUUCAUUCAGAGCAGCAGUGGCGCAACACCACAUAAAUUCCCCUAAGCAUGGAGAAGCGUGUAGCCAUCACUAUCUGGGAGCUCAACAUCACUGGUUGCUAUUGGCCUGUUUGGUAGCAGCAGAUAAGUGGUCAGAAUUAUGGUCGUAAACAUGCGGGGUGGUACUGAGGGGAUGCUGCACCCUGGUUAUUAAGUCUGACAAUGCACAAGAGGUUACUAAUGAAUGUGUAUGGGUGGGGGUCUCCAGUUGUUGGGAUCAUGGGUAAGACCCACAUGUCUGUCCCCUUACCUCAAUAUGGGGCCUCGGAGUGCUGCAAGACUUGGCCGGUCACCAUGGAAAGUUCACCAGUACUGAUGUAGAGUGGUGUGGAAAAGUCCUGACGCCAAGAACUGUUGAAACUCUAGAUUGUUUUCUGCAAUAAAACAGGGAUUCAGGUGGAGGUGCCUGUUGAUGAAGCUGGCCACUGCCGGGCAAUGCCUGCUUUGUAUGACAGGGGCUUGCUGCAUUUUACCCAAUAUCUGUGGAAACAAAUGGAGACAGUACUCAGUAAUGCCUGGGAAGUGGUAGUUCAGAGACCUUCUGAACAUCAGGAACAGCCAGAGUGUCUUCCCUGACUACAUGCUAUAAUUGGUCAUUGAUGAAGGAUCAGGGAUGUGCUGUGUUCUUACUCUGAGACUAAGUAUAAUGGAGGAAAAUGUAUAUACCCCUUGGUAAUAGGAUCUUGUUUUCUGCAAAGAUUUUAUGAUUUUUUUCCACCAAGGAAUUGUAAAUAAUAAAAAACUUUUUGAACAUAA